AGAGAAUUCCCCGGUGAACGGACGAGCUUUUCUUCUUUCCAGAUUCAGAAAUGGCUUCCACCUUCCAUCUGCGAGAAUGUGAACUGUCUAAACAAGAAGGGCAAAGCUAUGGCUUCUUCCUGCGAAUUGAGAAGGUCACUGACGGCCACCUGGUCCGGGUGGUUGAGAAAGGUAGCCCGGCAGAGAAGGCGGGCCUCCAGGAUGGAGACCGAGUUCUUAGGAUCAACGGUGUCUUUGUGGACAAGGAAGAGCAUAUGCAGGUUGUAGAGCUAGUCAGGAAGAGUGGGAAUUCAGUGACUUUGCUAGUCCUGGAUGGGAAUUCCUAUGAGAAAGCAAUGAAAAAACAGGUAGACUUGAAAGAGUUGGGUCAAAGUCAGAAGGAGCCGAGUUUGAAUGAUAAGAAACUGCCCUCUGUGGUGAACAAAGGAGCACAGACUUGGACCCAGCCACGGCUCUGCUACCUGGUGAAGGAGGGGAACAGCUAUGGCUUCUCUCUGAAAACUGUCCAAGGUAAAAAGGGAGUGUAUAUGACUGAUAUAACGCCUCAAGGUGUGGCUAUGAAAGCUGGUGUCCUGGCUGGGGAUCACUUGAUUGAAGUGAAUGGAGAGAAUGUUGAAGAUGCCAGCCACGAGGAAGUGGUGGCAAAGGUGAAGAACUCUGGAAGCCGUGUCAUGUUCCUGCUGGUGGACAAGGAGACUGACAAACUCCAUGCUGAGCAGAAGAUAAAAUUCAAGAGAGAGACAGCCAGUUUGAAAUUGCUACCCCACCAGCCCUGGGUUGUGGAGAUGAAGAAGGGAAGCAAUGGCUAUGGUUUCUAUCUAAGGGCAGACCCAGAACAGAAGGGUCAAGUCAUCAAGGACAUAGAUUCCGGAAGUCCAGCAGAGGAAGCUGGCUUGAAGAACAAUGACCUGUUAGUCGCUGUCAACGGCCAAUCUGUGGAAUCCCUGGAUCAUGACAGUGUGGUGGAAAUGAUUAGAAAGGGAGGAGAUCCGACUUCGCUGCUGGUGGUAGACAAAGAGACGGACAACGUGUAUAGACUGGCUCAUUUUUCUCCAUUUCUCUACUAUUAAAGUCAAGAACUACCCAAUGGUUCUGUCAAGGAGGCUCCAGCUCCGAUGCCGGCUCCCGCUCCUCCAGAAGUGUCAAGUCCAGAUACUACAGAGGAAGUAGGAGAUCAUAAGCCUAAACUUUGCUGGCUGGUUAAAGGGGAAAAUGGCUGUGGCUUUCACUUAAAUGCCAUUCAGGGUCAGCCAGGCUCCUUUGUCAAAGAUGUACAGAAGGGCAGCCCCGCUGAGCUGGCGGGGCUGGAGGAUGAGGAUAUCAUCAUCGAAGUGAAUGGAGUGAAUGUGGUGGAUGAACCCUAUGAGAAAGUGGUAGAAAGAAUCCAGAGCAGUGGGAAGAAUGUCACAUUCUUAGUCUGUGGAAAGAAGGCCUAUGAAUAUUUCCGGGCUAAGAAAAUCCCUAUUGUUUCCUCCAUGGCUGAUCCACUGGAUGCCCCCACUGAUUCCAAAGAAGAAACACCGGCAGAACCAGAGCACGACUCACACACAGCAAAAGAACGAGCGCACGGUACAGCCUCAGAUUCUUCUUCCGAUUCUGAAGAUACAGAGAUGUGAUGAGAGCAAGUAAAGGCUUUGACCGACAGCUGUUUCUGGGUAUUUAGUAGGAAUCCUUUCCCGAAGAAUGAGCUGCCACCCAUUUACUGUUUCUGUUAGAGAGAAACUCCUCUGGGAACCGGUUCAUCACGUGGGACUGUCUUCUGUUGUCAUUUGUCUUGGGGGUGACUACUGCAAUAGAUGGCUUAUUUAUGGUCAACUUAAGGCAGGGACCAGAUUCUUUUCAUGUGAUCUCUUUCAAGCUUCAGCUUCACUACAUUUCUCUGUAUGACGAUUAUCUCUUAAUUUUAUAGGCUCCCUGAGCACUAAAGAUGAUUCAUAAAUCUGUAUAUGUGAGAGCUGCUACAAAGUUCUGAGCAGAUAAGCCUAUUAAAACUAUGCUUUUGUAA